CGGAGACGGAGAGAGAGAGACAGCAACAAAGGGAGGGAGAGUGACUGGAAGAGAGACUACAGCCAGAAAGUAUAUACUUUUCAACUCUAGGCACAAGGCCCGAAAUUUUUGUGGAGGGGACCAGUCGAUUAGAUCGACCCUAGUACUCAACUGGUACUAAAUUUAUCGGCACCGAAAGGCAAAGUCGACAUCGGCGGAAUUUGAACUUAGAACGUAAAGAGAAGCGAAAUACUGUUAACGUACACCGGUUUGCAACCAGGAAGAAUUGAAAGAUAAACAAGGCAAAGUGAAAGAAUAUUAUUGGGUCAUAAAUGUUCAGUGAAAAGUUGCUAAAAUGCCCACCCGAAUCGUAUACGAUCUAAAUGAAGAUAGCCAAUCUGCAGUUACUCAAGAAAAAUAUGAAGAUGUCACACCUGAGACUCACCCACUAACUAAUGAAGAUAAGAAAAAUACUAGUCCCCAAAUGCCUGACGCGAAAGAAGAUACACAUCGGUGCAAGUUUCAAAGUUAUCAAAGACGUACCUUUAAAAUCUUAUUUCCUAUUUGUCUUUUUGCUUUUGUGGUAUGCGUAAUAUUAAGUAUUAUAAUUUUUUCAAUGCAGCGGAAAAAUCUCUCAUUUCGUCCAGAAUCUCACUAUGCCUUGUUCCACCUGAAAACAAGUCAUUACACAGCAUCGGAGGAAGCUUCUUAUUUAAAGUGGGUGAAAGAUGAAGGCAACUUUAAAUUGGUUAAUGGAACUUACAUUUCUAUACCUCAAGAUGGGGUUUACCAAAUAAAUUGUGCAGUGCAACUGUACAUUCCGAAAAAUUCUACUGCAGCAGUUACUACCUUGGUGUUGGAAAGAAAAUAUAAUGGAAAACAUUAUGUGUUUAUGAAGAAAAGAGCCAGCUUUUUAAAUACACCAGAACAUGCCAUCAUACAAUUAUCAUUUCGAUACAAACUUGUAUCUAACAAUGAAAUCUUUUUGAAAAUAAACAAAGCGAGAUUUGUCAGGCCCAAUAUGCCCUCAAGCUACUUGUAUAUCACCAGCUUACAUGUAAAUAAUCUUUAAUAAAAUGUUAGUGUUGUGUUUAAAUUCUGAUCAGCCAUUUUCCUUUUGAUUCUUCUUUACCUUUGAUUAUAUAAAUCUCAAUACUUUGUCUGAAAUUCGAGGACAUUCAUGUAAGGAGAGAGAAUUUAUAAAGUCGUGAAUACUGAAGAGUAUUUCUAUUUGAAUGCAUGACUAAUCACUAACCCUACACUGAUAUGCAAGGGUUUACAGCCCACGUGAACCGGAGCAAAAUGAAACGAAACGUUUAGCUCACUAACACAAUACAUUGCCUGAUCUGGGAAUCGAAACUAUGAUUUCAUGAUCAUGAGAGUAACACCUUAACCGCUUGAUUGUUUUUCUCUUGUACUCUUUUACUCUUUUUUACUUGUUUCAGUCUUUUGACCUGUGGCCAUGCUAGAGCACCACCUUUUUAGUCGAGCAAAUCGACCCCAGGACUUAUUCUUUAGAAGCCUAGUACUUAUUCUAUCGAUCUCUUUUGCCGAACCGCUAAGUUACGGGGACAUAAACACACCAGCAUCGGUUGUCAAGCGAUGUUGGGGGGACAAACACACAUACAAACAUACACACACACAUACAUAUAUAUAUAUAUAUAUAUACAUAUAUACGACGGCCUUCUUUCAGUUUCCGUCUACCAAAUCCACUCACAAGGCUUUGGUCGGCCCGAGGCUAUAGUAGAAGACACUUGCCCAAGGUGCCACGCAGUGGGACUGAACCUGGGACCAUGUGGUUGGUAAGCUAGCUACUUACCACACAGCCACUCUGUUCAUGUUUUUAUGACGAUCUUGUAAUUCUUUACUGACUAAUAAAAAAGAAACAUUA